AUGCGUUACGCUACCAUCGAAAAUAAUUCUGGAAAAAAAUUUACCUGGGAAGAAUUAGCUAAGCAUAAUAAACCUGAUGAUGCAUAUGUUGCCGUCCGUGGUAAUGUAUAUGACAUCACAAAUUUUAUAGAACGCCAUCCGGGAGGCGAUGAUAUUUUGUUAUUGGCUGCUGGAAGGGAUAUUACCCAGGCUUUCGAAACUUAUCAUGAACUCGGGAAACCUGAUGUUGUUCUAAAAAAGUUUUUCGUUGGAACGCUUGUAACCAAUGAACUACCAAUCUUCCCAGAACCUAGUGAAUUCCAUCGAGCUAUGAAAAAGAAUGUUGAAGAGUAUUUUCGAAAAACAGAAAUUGAUCCGAAGCAUGCUUUCGGUCAUCAUAUUUAUACAAAUAUCGCAGGCUGUGAUCCUGAUCUUGUAACAAAUGAUCCAGAUAUUAGACGCAUAAAGCCAAGUCAACGUUGGUAUUCACGAUACGUGAAUCAACAUUUGUUCGUACCGAUACUUUAUGGUUUUCUAGCCAUUAAGGUUCGCAUCCAAGACAUACCAAUUUUGUAUUUUGUUGGUUCGAAUGAUAAAAUACGAAUAAAUCCUAUCACAACAUGGCAUACUUGUGUAUUCUGGAGUGGCAAGGUAUUUUUCGUGUUACAUCGCAUCAUCAUUCCUUUGAUGAUAAGCUUUUCCGCUUGGAAAGUUUUCUUACUAUUCGCCAUCGCUGAUGCAGUUUCAUCAUACUGGUUAGCUUUGACAUUCCAAGCUAAUCAUGUCGUGGGUGAGGUAGAAUGGCCUCUUCCUGAUAAAGAUGGUCUCAUACAAAAAGAUUGGGCUGAAAUGCAAAUUAUUACAACCCAAGACUAUGCGCAUGACUCCAGAUUCAUAACGUCGAUUGUCGGAUCUUUGAAUUAUCAAGCUGUUCAUCAUGUUUUCCCUCAAGUAUCUCAACAUCAUUAUCAUAUGAUUGGUCCUAUCGUUAAGGAGACAUGCCGGGAAUUUGGAAAUACUCUUUGGGAAGCUAUUGGAUCACAUAUUAGACAUCUUCGUUUUCUCGGUUUAAAACCGGAGGAUCACAGUAAAACAGAAUAA